GAGGAAGUCUCACGACGACUCUGAGUCUAUGGUAUCUGUAGGAAAUCUGGUGCAUUCACGACCAGCUAGUAUAGAAGAAGUGUCGAUGUUUGUCAGAAGUCAAUAAGGACGAAAUUCCGAUUAUUUUUACCAACAAUUCAUAGACGAUCCACAGUAAAUUGAAACCUUUUAUUCCACAGCGAUCAAAUCCUGUCUCACAAAACCUUUCAUCGUGGGAAGAUCUUUUGAAAACUGUUUCACCUGUGUAACCAAAAUAUUUCUGUGCCGUUAUGUGGACAGGAUAUUGAAAAGUAGGAACGUAUUAACUCUAUUAAAAAACGAAAAAGCAUGUCAUGCCACGACUGUGGUACGCAACAAUGGUUGUGGCCCAGGUCGCGAGGAGGUGCGUAGCAUGGCAGAACUAGCAUUACAAGCUGACAAACACGAAACGCGAACUACGAAGAUUUGUGGUUUUUGUCCAUCUCAAAACUAGUCAAUUACUAUUCGAAAUAUAGCAUUACAAACUAUUUAUGAUAUUCGAAAUCAGCAUCACAAAUUCCGAUCCCCGAUCAUGAUCCAGCACUACAGGUAGGUGGUCGAUGAGAGUUUUAUUUGACUUGAAAGUCACCAAGUCAGUAGCCACCGUAUCACGACAGAAGGAACAAUUAUGUCGAUCAAUUGCGUUGUGGCAAGAAACUCGAACGAUCGAGGAUGAAAAAGAAACACGGAAGCAGCAGUUGAAAAUGAAUUUCUAUCCCUUGUACCAAAAGCUUAUGAUGACAAAAAAAAUUAUAAAACCAUGCAGACGAGCAGACAGUUACUGUGAGAAUCCGCAGCUGUCUCGUCUGCAGUGCUGAGUGACAGCAGCCAGCCGCCGUUGCAGCUAGGCUAUACCUAGCCUACAGUGACAGCGGCUAUGCAGGCUAGGUCGUCUAGCGUGGCUACAAUUGCAGCCGGCUGCUCUGCUUCUAACGACCAGUGCACAAAAAUGAUUGCGAUGCGAAAGCUAAAAUCUCGCUCUGUUCCUUGCGUCGCCCGCGGGUUGUGCCGUUCUUCUCCUUGUCCUUGUUUGUGUUUGAUGAUUGCAUGUAGAACAAGUUCUUUCUCUGUUGGAACAUGUUGUGUUGGAACAAGCGCAGCGUUGCUGAAUUUGUGGUUGACGCUUAGCAGUUAGGCCUAGAGUAGAGUAGAAGUGCAAGUCCUCUACCUUGUCGGACCACGAGUUAGUUUUUCUAGCUUCUCACAAAAAUGAGAAAAUGGCGCUGUUGUCGGCGAUGCUGAUACAGGAGGUCGAGUUUGGCGAAAAAUUCAUGGGCGCAACGGGCGAAGACAACGAGACCUGCGAAUCGGCUGCUUCUUGUUGAGGAGGAUGCCAAAACAACUACUUCUCGACGGUUCAAUCAAAAUGCGCUUGGAGUAGUUGUGCUUGUCCGAAGAGCAGGUGAUAAUGAUCCAUUGUGAACUGUGACAUAAACGCGCCUCUGCUGCAGUUCUUCUUCUCCUUCCCACCACAGCUUCGUCCGCUCGAAGAAGCAACACGGUUUAGUCCGGCUACGGAUGCAGGAUCAACAUGAUCAUGAUCGUUCCUGCACUCCAUGUAUGAAUAGGUCAAAGAACCUCCCUUGAAAUCGACGACGUUGCAGCAUGCAGGAGGAAGAUGGACAUGAUGUGCUGCACAGUCCUAUUCUCAAAAUACUACCUGCUGCUCCGAUAACCUGCACUUGCGAUGAGAUCAACGAACUACAUCAAGGUCAAUGUCAGUGAGUCUGGUGAAUCACCAGACUCACGUAUAUGCGUGUCGGAAAUGGAUUGUAUAUGAUUUUGAAUCCGUAUAGGAUACGUAUAGCAUGCUGAAGUUUAAAAGUUUGCGAAACCGACAAAAAAAAACGAGAAACAAAAGCAAAAACGCAGAAAAAGCUUUUCAGCAUGGUGUCAUGUCUUGACACUUGGCUAGCGGAGGGGUGGCGGAGGGCAAGUUGCAGUCGAUUAUACCCAGAAUUAGCUGCGGAUAGUACUAAAAGUGCAAAGUGCUUACUUUUUGAAAGCAGAUGCCAUUUAUUAUUACACUUCUGCUACCAGGACGGCACUGCGCUUCUGCAUGUGCCGUCUACACCCUCCGCUACCCCUCCGCAGUUGCUGGGCAUGUUCCUCAUAGCAUGCUGAAUUUUGAAAACAUGCAAAACCGACAAAAAAACGAAAAACAAAAGUGGAAACGCAUAAAAAGCUUUUCAGCAUGGUAACACCUCUUGCCACUCGCCGAGCGGAGGGGUGGCGGAGGGCAAGUUGCAGUCGAUUAGACCCAGAAUUAGCUGCGGAUAGUAUGAAAAGUGUAAAGUGCUUAUUUUUUGACAACAGAUGGCAUUUAUUAUUGAACUUCUCUUACCAGGACGGCACUGCGAUUCUGCAUGUGCCGUCUACACCCUCCGCUACCCGUCCGCAGUUGCUGGGCAUGUUCCUCAUAGCAUGCUGAAUUUUGAAAACUUGCAAAACCGGCAAAAAAAGCGAAAAACAAAAGUGAAAACGCAUAAAAAGUUUUUCAGCAUGGUGACACCUCUUGACACUCGCCUAGCGGAGGGGUGGCGGAGGGCAAGUUGCAGUCGAUUAGACCCAGAAUUAGCUGCGGAUAGUAUGAAAAGUGUAAAGUGCUUACUUUUUGACAACGGAUGGCAUUUAUUAUUGAACUUCUCUUACCAGGACGGCACUGCGAUUCUGCAUGUGCCGUCUACACCCUCCGCUACCCCUCCGCAGUUGCUGGGCAUGUUCCUCAUAGCAUGCUGAAUUUUGAAAACUUGCAAAACCGGCAAGAAAAGCGAAAAACAAAAGUAAAAACGAAUAAAAAGCUUUUCAGCAUGGUAUCAGCUCUUGACCUUCGCCUAGCGGAGGGGUGGCGGAGGGCAUGUUGCAGUCGAUUAGACCCAGAGGUAGCUGCGGAUAGUAUGAAAAGUGUAAAGUGCUUAUUUUUUGACAACAGAUGGCAUUUAUUGUUAAACUCCUGUUACCAGGACGGCACUGCGAUUCUGCAUGUGCCGUCUACACCCUCCGCGACCCCUCCGCAGUUGCGGGGCAUGUGCCUCAUAGCAUGCUGAGUUUUCAAAUUUUACGAAACCGACAAAAAAACCGAGAAACAAAAUCAACAACGCAUAAAACGCUUUCCAGGAUGGCGUCACGUCUUGACACUCGCCUAGCGGAGGGGGGGCGGAGGGCAAGUUGCAGUCGAUUAGACCCAGAAUUAGCUGCGGAUAGUGCUAAAAGUGCAAAGUGCUUACUUUUUGAAAGCAGACGCCAUCUAUUAUUACACUUCUGCUACCAGGACGGCACUGCGAUUCUGCAUGUGCCGUCUACACCCUCCGCUACUUACCCCUCCGCAGUUGUUGGGCAUUUGCCUCAAGGCACGACUAAUUUGCAAAAAACAACUGAAAAAAUAAAAAUACAAUACGCAUAUACAAUCCAUUUCCAACAUAGUUCAUCACCGUGAUCCAUUUCCAACAUAGUGCAUGCAGAAAUGGCACUAGUAGUGCGAGGCUCUCAAGAUGAACACUAAUUCGCAAAAGUCAAAAUCGAAAACCCCUUUUUUACUUCUCAUCGCCAGAACUGAUCUUGCUUGUGAAAAUCAUGUGCUUCUUCUCGCAACCUGACAUUAAAACCGCUCCGUACCAAAAAUCUAAUCGUAUGUAGUCGUCUUGUCGGAUCGCCUCUCGUCGUCGUGGCAUCGUCUCAGCACUCUCUGCGUUUUGAUAAAAAAAUCAUUUUUCAACAUCGCUUCAGGCACGGGCAGUUGUGCUUGCGGUAUAGUGGCGACCAGUGUUUCAGUACGUAGACAUAGCCCUAGAUAAUUUCUCCAUGAGACUGCCUUUGACAGCCGGCAACGUUUCUGGAGUUUAGUGUAUGAUGACUAGCACAACUUGGAAGCCCUUUUGUAGUCACUCAGCAUUGUUUUAUCGAUAUACGGGACGAGAAUGUAUAGAAAAGGAACCGCUUUCACUUUCAACUGUUUCAUUUUUCCACGUAUGAUAAGUAGAUGCCGGAGCACAAAAAAUUUUGUAAGACACUCAGCAUUCACCCCACCGGUUUCAGUUUCAGCAGCACGCAAAUUCAUAGAUAAAAACUCUGCGACUUUUCAUCUUUAGAAAGGAGUUUAUUUGUACAAGUGAACCCAUGGACACGUCGCAUGGAGCAGUUGUAUCUACCUUCAAUUCGAGGAGACGCCAACGCCAAACCCGCACGAAGCACAAGCUUGUUGCUCGUCUGAAGGCGUUUUUACAAUCUCGUAGUCGCGGGUGGAGAAGAUCCGAAGGGCGCAAGAACAGGCUGAAAGACGCAUUCGGGACGAGCAGUCCUCUUCACGAGGAUCGGAUUUUUGCGCAUGCAGCAGUUGUAGUACCUCAUCCGCCGAAAAGGGUUGAUCGUGACUAUUUGUUUAUUCGAGUAAAAGUUGUACAAUAAGUUAUGGAGCAACACCCGCCCAAGGAUAUCGACAUCGACAAACGGAGCAACACCCCUUUAUUUUUGCCUAAAAGCCAGUGACUGGCGUUCCCUCAGACUGUGGCGCAACCUGGACCUGUACCCUAUGAGCGACCGGCGCAGCCACCAUUUCAACGACAAUCCCGCACGACCCGCGAUUCCGUCUGACCAAUGUAAAAAUUUGAACCCUCACCAUCCAGAUCCGCACGGUUGCAUACAGCCUCCAUGUGGAGCUACUUCUAACGCCGGCCGCGACUUAGCAGUGCCGGGUAACACGAAUAGACGCUUCGAAAAUAACCGUGCGCGCUUUGUCCAAGAAGAGCAUGACGUACCCAGCUACCCUUUACCCGUCGCCCCAGUUCCCACGCAAGCAACGUCGGCGUUGCAUACUGCGACCACACUCGAUUUCGAGCCGAAAGUUUGUCAUGCACAGGCCGCAAAUGCUGGAGCCGACGUGGGACAACAUGCACCGGGAGAAGGUGUUCGAGAAGAGGCAGCGUAUGAGUGGCAACAAGCUGCACGGGAUGUGGUUGGCGGCCCACGUGACCCUCGCGCCCAUGAACGAAAUAACGCGACGUCGUACGACGGCAUAGUGAACACCACUUUGCCCACCGGUAAUUAUGGAAGCUCGUAUUACCAAGACCAAAACGACGCCAGGAGACCGGCAGCGACGAGUACGAUUGAGGAUGAUGUGAUAUUAAGAAGCGAUGUAGGUGGUGGAACUCCUCCUGCGUGGCGCCCUGGCCGCGGCCAAGUGGAAGUCCGGCCUGCGGCGACACGAGAUGACCUUGACCAAUAUUCGUCCUACAAUCCGAACAGAGAGCCCACCUCCGAGAGCUCUUAUUCCGUGGCUGCUCCCAGGGUCAGACAUGAUGUUGAGGACCAUGCGGGCCUCACUGAUGCCUAUCGCGACAACAAGCACAAGAACUCCCGCACAGACACAGGGCGGCUGGAAAACAGAGAAACCAGUUUCGAAAGCAAUGCCGACUGCGAAAACGGUGACACACAGCUCGCCGCACCGCAGGAGCGACACCAAAAUGCUGGCCAGAACGACCAGCAGCCUCAAGGACUGCAAGACUUCGUCUACCAGGCGGAUUUGCCAAAGGUGGCUCCUGUGGUUGGUACAUCCAACGGUAAGAGGACCGAGCUACAACGAAAUGUGGACGAGUCAGCGCGUCUUCACCAGAAUCAAGAGGAGGCUCAGCCUGUAGCUGAAGCGGCGAAAUAUGGAAAUGGACGUCGCGGCUUUCAUAUCAGAAAUCCUCGUGACACUACCAGCUCUGGAGGGUGCAGCCACGACAUCAAGGCCGACAGCCGCAACAACGCGCCAGUCGUCCCGGAGGAUUCUACGCCGAUAAUAUUACCACGCUGCGCGGAAAAGGUCGAUCCUUCUCCUGUGCCUGAUGGCAAAGACGUCCAGAAGGACACCGAUCUUGUUCCCCGGGAUCAUGCUAGUGGUCUCCCCGAUGUGGAAGGGAUGUGUCCUGCGAACGCAGAAGUGGCGAAUGGUUUUUCCCCUCAAAAAGACCAUCUACAUCCCCCCUCCGCGGGCUGCAGCAUCCCCGUCUACGGGCGCCACAACGCCCCUUUUCUCAAUUCCCCGAGCGACCUACCAGAGUAUUUCAACGACGAGGACUGCCGGACUUCGUACCAGGAAAAUGAUUCGUUACUCUCCCCGGCUGCGUUUAUCCAGCGGAAAAACAUCGCUGUGACCGCCACUGCCCGCGUUGGCCCCGGCAUGGUCAUCUGCAUGGGCGAACAGGUGGUUGACAGCCAUCACGUGGACUUCAACAAACCGACUUUAUUGCUCGAAGUUGUGAAGCGGAUCGGGAAGGGCGGGUCGGCGGAGGUGUUCGAGUGCGUUGACCUGCGAACUUGUGUGGGAGAUGAAGGAUCGACUACUACGACCUCGGGAUCGGGCAGUCGUGGGGGCAACUAUAGCUCCAACCAUGACGGCGCGUCGCGAAGUGGUCAGCCCAAUGGAACAAGCAGCAGUGCAAGUCGAAACAAGGAGCAAGGUUCUCCGUUAUCCGUUAGCCGCUACGCACUCAAAGUCGUCUACGCUCGGGACGCGAGGCAAAUGCGCUCGUUCGCCAUGGAGGUAAACUGGCUGCGGGCUUUGCGGGACAAAAAUCGGGCAGCGAAGGCCGGAACUAGUACCCAGAAUGGUAGACACAACGCGGUGGACGAGCUGCGGGUAGUGAAGAUGAUCGGCGAAGCGAAAUUUUUUCCAAAAGACUUGGUGAUCCACAUUUUGCUGGAAUUCGCGGACUGUGGUAUGGGGUGGAAUAAUGAUUGUGUUGGUUUGUUUGAAAGAGAUGGUUUCUCUGAUUCUAAACCGCGAUUAAGAAGAUGGCACGCAUGAAGAUGCGCGCGGCAAGAAGCACCUUGUGCAUAUUUAUUGACUCGGAGGAGUCGUGCAGGACCAGCCGCAAGCGCAUGUAAUUUGUCAUCGCGAUUGCCAUAAUUUUUGCAUGUACAACCACAUGAUGAGCAUGAGAAAAUGUUGUCUCAAUUGGAACAAGAACUGGCUCAACAACCAAAGAACCUCCUUUCCCCUCCGAUACCCAAUCUGCACUCCUUUCUUCGGAAGAACUACGAAAUCUUUUCUAUCUACGACAUCCGCAAUCUCUGGCGCGACAUGGUCGCGGGCGUCGCGGCCAUCCACAGUCUAUCAAAUGUAAAAAUGUCUGGGUCUGGAAGAAUGCAACUUGUGAUGCUAACUUUGGACUCUAAAAAAAUCUCUAUUGCAUGACCAGCAAGAGGCGCCCAGUUUGUGCUACGCGGGGAGGGCAUUUGUCGUGCGGGAUAGGCAUCAGGAAGGCCUCUAGAGAUAUGUGAUGCUAGAGCAUGCAUUACAGACAUCCUGAGUCAUGUAAAAUAUGCAUGACAAACCUGGCAACCUUCCAGACCGAGACAUUUUUACAUUUGAUACAGUCUCGGGCUGAUCCACUUUGACCUGAAGCCCGCGAAUUUCCUCAUCGUGGACAACAUCGUGAAGGUCUCUGACUUAUCAAAUGCAAAAAUGUCUGGGUCGGGAAACUUGUGAUGCAAAUCAGUGAACAAUAAGUGAACUGCAACGCACCGCCGAGCAUGACAAGUUUUUUCGUGCCUCUGUGCUGCGCAUUCCGCAUAAGAAAGUGCGUUUUUGCAUGACAGGCGAGAGAGGCUGUUUGUGGCCACGCAAUACAGAGUGCAGAGUCAUGCCAGACUAGCAUGACACAUCUUGCAAUCUUCCAGGCCCAGACAUUUUUACAUUUGAUAUGACUUCGGCCUCGCGCGGGGGAUCAACAAGGAAGAGGGUAUAACCCACGUUUCCCGCGACCGCCAGUGCGGCACGCCGCGCUACAUGCCGCCGGAGGCGUUCUACCAGCCGGACGAGGGGUCGGCGAGUUUGAAGAUGCGCCCGGCGGCUGAUGUUUGGGCCCUGGGGAUCAUCCUCUACCAAUUGCUGUACGGGCGUGCGCCGUACGAGCAUUUAGAGGGCUGCGGGAUGCGGGCGCAGUUCGCCGUGGCGGAUUCCCGGGUCCGGAUUCUGUAUUCGAGGUCCCGCAGGUGGGAAGAGCAGGACGCCGCGCUCUUCGGCCAUCUGGUAUCAUUACUGCAAGUCACGCUGCGGUGGCGGUGGGAAAGGCGGUGGGACGCGCAGACGGUGCUGAAGUAUUUGGAGGCGCCAGCACCAGUAUCCAAGGAAAAAAAUGUGUAAGUGUAACUUUUUUGCAGGAACAGCAUCACAAAUUUGCUCUGCAUGACAGAGAAAACCUGUCAUGCGUAGCUAGUACGCGAAAACACGUAUGAAAAUAGCCUCUGACGCACAUCCAACAUGACAAGUGUAACUGUAUUGUAACGUCUGCAAUACAAAGUUACACUUACACAGUUUUUUUCUUGCAUAACCAGGAGAUGAUCUUGGGUAUGAUGCGAGUUUGCAGCCAGGCGAAGUAGGUCGUGGAGGAACCACGACCAAGAAAAGACAGCAAAAGCUGCUACUGAAAACGCCGAAAAAUCUAGUCAACGAACAAGACAUGAAAGGAAAGACGACGAAAUGUAUCGCAAGGAAAAAUCCCCCCUCCCCAUAUUGAAGAGGUAGGCUUUCGCAAAUUUGUGUUGCUGAUUUGAGGUCACAAAUCACGUUUGUGUUGCAAGAAGACAAGGGCAGCAGCUUCCGUCCCAUUAUGGAGGCGGUUUGUCAUGCUGUUGAGCCAACAUCACGGACGCUUCUCAUGCUAAGCGCCUAAGUCAAAGCAUCUCUGCUCAGGCUUGAUAUGGGUCUGCAGUCCUCUCUAGCAAGACAGAUGUGAUUUGUGUACUCAAAUACAGCAACACAAACUCCGCUUUCGAUAUGGGGAGGGGGGAUUUUUCCUCACAAUAAAAUGGAAGGGCCGCCGGCUAUCGGACAUUUACGAAGAGGAGUACAUCGAUCAAACGGCGUUUCUACCGCUUUUGGCGAAACAAGAGAGCUACUCCUACAACUCGACCACUGCUCUCGAGGGCACUACAACCGGUGGUGCGGAACUACAAGUGGAGCUAUUGAAACGACGACAGGACGACGGCGUUGCGCAGGAUGAACAUCACGGCGGCGAUGCGAAUCAAAUGCAGAAAGCCGACGGGAAGUCGGCUUGCGAAGGGGAGAAAAUGUUGAAACACGGCAUAAAGCGAGAUUGUGGUAACGAACCGCCAGAAGAACACGAGCCAGAGCUGGUGUCAUCCUCUGAGGAAGAGGUGGAUAAGAUAAAUGCUCAGGAACUCCCUCCUGAAAGGGAAGGAGCCGAUAAUUCCUCUCUGUCACAUCAGCAGCCUCAGAAGGCGGAAGAUGUAACAGGAAGAGACUUUGCUCCUGCUUCCAGGAACAAAGCCGCAUGCUCGGUAUCUGCGACACGGACUUUCGACGAUGAAGAGCAGCGCGACACGAUGAGGACACCAAGUUUUUGUGCACGUGAAGAUGUUGAUGACCACGACGACCUUUCACAAGACAAAUUUCACCCCCUGACAGAGGACCCCUCCUCAUCCUCAACAUCCUCCGCGGGCCCCUGCGCCGCUUUUUUGGCCUCUUCGCUCUCAACCAUCAUUAUCACCAUCAUCGCCGUUUGUCUUCUCGCUGUUGCUACCGGCUUAGCAGUGCAUAUGGGCAACGUUAGCGAGGCGAACAAACAAAAAGCAGAGCUGGGGUCUGGGGACGGUGAUGCGUAUAAUCCGUUUGGCGGCUUCGGCGGCGGGUAUAAGCCGAAUAUUUUGGUCCCGACAAGAAUUUUCAACGGGGAUGGUGAUCCAGGCAGUGGUGGUGGUGGCAAUGGUGAUCCACGUGGAGGAAACCCUAGCGGUCCACCAACAGCCCCCGGCAACGAUGGUCCUGAGGGAGGUGGGCACGCCGACACAACAGCUCCACCUCCGCAGCACGUCCAACCGCUUUCUCCUCCUUCUCAGAGCUCACCGUCGUCAGUGUUGUCGACCUUGUUCCCCCCGGGACCUGUUUAUGGAGCGGAGUUUCUAGCGCCGGCGAAACCAAAGCCAAAACCUGCAGGUCCGACCCCUGGUGUUGCAGCAGUACCGGCACCAGCACCGGCCGGUCCACCCGGGCCUGCUGCGCACGUUGCAGGCCCCGUUUCCGCCACUGCGCCAGUAGUGGUUCCUGCUGCUGCGGUGCCGGCUCAGCCGGCAGUACCUGCUGAACCGACCACCGCGGCUUCGACUGCAAGUCCGGCAACUGCAACUAGUCCUGCAGCUGACCCGGAUGCUGUAGAAGCUCAAGCAGGUGAAGUACCAGCAGCGGGUAGCCGUGAGCCACCAUCAUCUGCUCCGUCCGCGUCACCGCCUGAUCCUCCGGAAAGUGCUGAUCAGACGGAUAGUACGAGUGGUUGUAGUCCCAGCACCGAGCAAACGAUGAGCAGUGCUGAACAAAACCCCGCAGCGGGGGCACAGCAAAGGACAAGAGAAGGCGAGGAAGGCAACCAGUCGCCGGGAACUACCAGCCUUCAUGAUCAGGAUCUCGAACUGCAGCAAGACCAAGAACUUCUCCACUCUGCUGCCACAUCAAGUGUUGCACAGCAGGAGGUGUUGCCGCAGCAAGACGGAACAGACACGGCGCAAAUGCGACCGCGCACAGGCACGUCCGACAGUGCAGAACUACAGUCCACGACGGCUGCGAGUAGUGAUUCGGGUUGUGGCGUUGCUGUUGGAACUGACCAGUCGUCAGCUGAGGGUAGUGGCAGGAUCGAUCUUUUGGGCCAACGUUCAAGUAGCUCAAGCACAGCCACCUCAAAUCCGAUUCUGGACAACCAGAGCGGCUCUGCGCAAGGAGCUUCAGCCCGUACGGGAAUCGCCAAUCAUCCGACAGGGGAAGGUGCUCCUGGUUCCUCACUCCCUGAUGCCUCGAGUCCCCCUGGGACUCCUCACACGGCAACUGGUAGCCACACUGAAGGCGCCCGCGCUAAUGAGCACAGCGGGCAUGUAUCAUCGAGCACACAAGGAUCGGAAGUGGUCGGAACCGGCGCACAAGAAGACGAAGACCAACAGCCUCCACGGGAGGGUGAAAACCCAGAUGAUAGUUUCGAUGAAGGUGAAAACGCAUCAGACGACGGACAAAUAUCUGUACUAUCAUCAAGCCUGGAAGCGGGCUCUGUGGCAAACGGCUAUGACUACUUCGACGAACAGCUGGAAGCGAUUUCCGACGAAGAUGACGACAGACCGGAAACUGCAGAGCAGGCGCAGUUCCCCGAUGAAAGCUCACCUGCAGGUCGUGAUGGUGGUGGUGCUGAUUCUGCGUCUCGUGUCGUAGAAGGCGGCUCCUCGAGCUCCUCAGCACCCUGGCGCCCAGCUGGUGGCGGCGCAGUUGCCACAGAGUCAGGGCAAGAUCGUGGCAACCGCCCGAUGUCAGGCGGUACUAGCUCGUCUAGUUCCGCGGCGUACGUCGCGCCGGUGCAGGAAUCAACAAGAACGGCAGGGCUAUCCGGUAGCACGACUACGACUGGUGGGGGCACAGAAAUGCAAAAGAGCAAUAGACACCUGGGCGAAAGCGGGACCCAAAUCGCGUGGCAGCAACACGAAGAAACAGAAGCGGACGAAUCAGGCGUCAAGUCGCUGAUGAGACGGCAGCAGCACGGAGAAAGUUGUGAAGAUCUCUUUCUCGAGGUUCUUCACGAACGUAUAGGACGAGACUCGAAGCCUGGUGAUUUUUGCGAUCAGGAAGUGGACCUCGGUCAAGACAGGCUGCUGGAGGCGAACGCGGCACUAGGGAUACCUGCCACAGCCGCAGACGAGGACCUCGCUUUCCCUGCUGACCGCUGGGCGGUAUAAGAAAAUUUGAUAGAUAUGAUUAUUUACUCUAUAUUGUAAAUGUAAUGAGAUUUGAGACGAGCAUCUUCUUCUUCUUCUGGUACUCGUUUCCUCUAAGAAUAUUUUAUAGUGAAUCCCGUAGUAAGUAAAUCUCAAUCUUCUAUCACCUGCUGCAUUCGUCGAUGUUAUAUUCAUCCAGGUUGCGACGAUUCUAGCGUUGAUGCCCUUCUGUCACGUUGAUCUGCCGCAAGGGGAUCUGAACAAGGAGUACUUCAAUUGGCCCAUGUAUGAAGACAUUGUCUACGAUCCGGAACGCUUGCGUUCGGGAUGCGUUCGCGAAGACAAGAAAUUUUUCGGAGAGGUAUGGAACUUUUUCCACGAGAAACGGAGGGAAAAUGGGACCGAAUCCUCGGUAGUGGUGUGGGACGAUCCUCUGAUUUACAGGAACAGCAACCCCAGCAUACAGGGUAGUAGCACGUCGAACGCCGGAGUCCAUGUUGACGAUGAGGAAAAGCGGACUGCUAGAGAGCGGCGCUGCCGUAUUGGUAUGGUGACUGAGCACCUGUUUCAAGCGGACACCAGGAUAGAGGAGUUCGUCGUCCGCCGCUUCAGCGUUCCAUAUGGUACUUAGUAAAUCUCUAAUAUUACUAUUGGCUACACCAAUGAAAGCUCCGCGAGUUCAAAUCUUUUCCAUGGCUGCUCUAUGUGCGGACCACUCAUGUCCAGAGCUGUUUUUUUUUUUUGCAAUUUUUGUAUUUCGCGUUUGGCUAGCUUCAAAUGAGUUGCGUAAAAGCUCAGGAGCUGAAGCAAUGGAUCGCUUCGUACGUCAGAAGCUUCGUACGUCAGAACGUUUUUUCAAAUAAUUUCUUUUUGCAAUGCUCACAGGUUACUGCCUCAAUACCGACUCGCCGCUGGCGCUGGCCAAGAAAUCACGUCAAUGGCCCGAAGUCAUGCUCUCACAACUCCAAAACGAGGGUGAAAUUGCCGAAACGUCGGCUGUGCAUCCCAGAUGGCACGAGCUUUUCCAGCUGGACUUCAAGAACAGAGCGUCUUUUUGGCGGCAGAGUUCGGACACGAGAGGAGCCGAGUGGUCGUAUCGCCAUUUUCGCUGGACUUGGACCAGGGCGCGGUCGAGCUCCGUUCCGUGCAAGAAUGAAAACCCGUUUCGUUGGAACAGAACUACGAAGCACAUGUACGAAAAUUUCCAUCCCAGGAGCCAGGCCGUCAAAGACAAGUUCGCUACUCUACUGCAAGACAUUGAACUCCCAGCUGGUCCGUCUUGACGGCUUCUUCAUCAGAUGUGCUCCGAGAAGGAAAGUACGGGGCAUUCUAAAGACAAUUUUCUGGUUAUUUCGCGUAGCGAACAAAAUGGCAAUUGGUAUUUUUGCACGAGAACUGCAAAGGCCGCGUAUCAUCGGGGGCGGAAGCACGAAUUACAAGAGGCGAGGCGGACCUCCAAGAAAUCAAAAUAAAACCCCGCUGCGCCAUGUGUGAAAGAAUGAACAACUACAAGAGUGGCGGAACAGCGACGUCUGACACAAUGAAUUACUUCUAAUUGUAUACUCAUCUUCCUCUUGGCGUCACUAGAUGACGAUCUGGGUUGAGGCGAUAGUAUGGUCCGAGGCAUGCAGAUCGAAUAAAAAGAAGCAGAUAAAGUGCCUAGUCUUGAAGCCCCAAUAAUUUGCACUGCCUGUGACAACUCAAAAUCAUGGCGCCUAUCCACACGCCCGGCCAAUUGUCUACCACAUCAAACCCAGCUACUUGGUCGCAAUCGCGGAUAAGGGCUCUGAAAUGAAAGAUUGUUGGUAAGUUCUUGAUCCAGAAAUAGUUGGGCUCCAUGUUAGUCACAGCCGUUUAUUUAACAAAACGAAUGCAAGAACAGGAUGAUGAAAAUUCGCUCCACUCCUAAGGGCAAUUGUUUGAAAUGCCAUUCCUUGGGGCCCGCAAAGAUCAGAUUGCAUGACCCACGAUUUCCUUGCACGAAUUGCGCACGUCAGCUUGUUCAAAGUCAAUCGCUGCUGGGGCGACCGGUGCCGUCUGACUAUCAGUGCGGCUCUUCCGCGGUCUCAUGUUGCUGAACAAGUAGAACGGCCACGAAUGGUGUGCUGCACUCCAAAGCCUUAGGCUCACGAAGGAUCCGUAAAAGCUGUUUCAGGCCUCGUGGACUCGUAUCAAAAGCGCAUAAAAAUCAGCGACCUAGCAACAGCCAUUUUGUUUUCAGCAAACAUGUACUUAUUUUUGUAAAAUUUUAUUUCGAACAUGGGUGGUUUUGACUGAUGAUUUUACGAUUACUGAUAGAGGCUGUCAUAUCUUCUCCAGUACCUCUAUACUACCUUGAUAUACCGUCGCACAUAAAAGAGAAUUGAAAUAAUGCCGAACAGCAUCAGUUUAUGUAUGAUUAUAGCUUUGCGCUCUUGACUCGUCGUCGAAAGAUAUUUAUACCCCACACGCUUGUCGUUGAUGUAGCAGAUUCAAAAAGAGAUAUCUAAAUUUGAAAAUUCUGCUUUGAUGGUAUUCUUGAAGCAUAUCAAAAUCAAAGCAUGAGAUCGGUCAGUACUCUUCUAGGCAUCCACCUAUUGUGUCUCGGCGCAAUUCGUGGCACAUGUGCCAGCAGCAGCAGCAGUAAAGGAGAAUUGAAUGCAAGCGCACGCUCGCAACUCGACUCGCGUUUUCCACCGCCUCGCAGGAAUGAAAGUCGCUUGCAGCACGAGCGGGAAAACCGCAGCGCGUCGCAGCUGAGAAGAAUCGCUAACGUGCCUGAGAAUGCUGCAAAAACUCUGAGUUCCUUUGCUGAUCGCCCUGUCGCAACCGUGCGAGCCCACAUGAAGAGGCUGUAUGAUGCUGUGCGUACUCGAUCGGCAAGCCCUGACGCAGGCCGGAGACCGUCGAAAAGAAGCAGAAGUGACGGCUCCCCAGCCGAGAACAAUGCUUCACAUCCGCCCGCCACAGUGAGGAACGAAGAGGAACAACACGAGGCAGGUCGGAGAGAGCAACGCAAGCUGCUCGACGACAUCAAGAACGCCGAACCAGGCCUGAUGAUGUUUGGAAACAUGAAGCUCAAUGAAAACGAGGGCAUUCUGAGUUUUUUAUCAGCAGCGGAGGCGGGAGCACUCCUUCACACGAGUAAAUCGCAUUCGCAGAAAGAUGCCAAUGGCAGGAAAGUUGCUGCGGCGGCACUUUCUCAAGCCAUUGAUGACCGGACUCUCGCGAACCGCACGGAAAGCUGUGAAGACCUUUUCCUCGAGGUGCUACGAGAAAAAGUGGGAACGAACCUGCCUCGGGACUAUUGGAAUAAAGACGUCGAUCUCGGGAGAAGCUACUUGCAUUACUUUCAGAAGGAAAUCGAGGGACCACAAAACGCAAUUCCACCACACUUGACAGAGUGGAGCGUAAGUCAUGUUAGUUUUGAUCCAGAUUUAUAUUUACUCUGUGGCAGUACCAGUACACUUUCCUUUGUACUAUCAUUUUGUAGCGGACUUUACUUUUUGAACCCGUAGGAGCAUAAACCGCCUUCACUUUUUGAACCCGUUGCUUUUGAUGUUUUCUUGUGUAUCGAUUCUGCUUUUUGGGGCGUAACAAGAACAAGUAUCGCUAAACUACUACAUGGAAUGCAAGUUUGCUGUGAUUCAUCUUCAAAUGCAUUUAUUAUCAAAGGUGCGAUUGCUUAUGACGAUGGGCCGCGAGACCUGCAGCCCAGCGGCUGCCUAUGAGUUUGAUCUGGGUAGCGAGUGGAUCAUUCCGGAAACCUACGGCUCCGCCGCCCUGUCCAGUGGAUGUCACAAAAGUGAUAGAGCCUUUUUUCGAGAAGUGCUAGAGUUUUUUCAUGAGAAUGUACCAGAGAAGAAGAGUCGCCAAUCCAUUGCAGCUCGUUUCCGUAGCAGAAGAGCAAGUGCAGCGGGCACGGCCAAGCUGGUAAAAUGGACUCCCCCAGAAACGCUGUCGUUUUCCAGGACCAAUCCCGAUGCUGUGCUGCCGCGGGUGGAUAUGGCUGUGAACCCGAAUAAGGACGUUUUGGAUAGCAGAUGCCGACUAGCGAUGGCCACAGAAUUCCUUUUUCAAAAGGAUAUGGACGUGUACAACCUCGAAUUUCCUGUGAAGCACGGUAAAAAUCUGUGGCAGUUUGUUUUUGCAAUAUCGGCAAAAAAAAAUUUUAAGCAUACUUAAUAUUCUGGUGCAAUCUUUUCUUCUAUUGCGCUUUCGAAUUUCAAUUUCAUACCAAACACAAAAAAGGUUAUUGUCUAAACCCCUGGGAUGACACGUGGAUAAGCCGUAAUAAUUUUAUGGUGGAGGACCCGAUCGAUGAGACCUGGUAUCCGUACGUCCGGCGCGUUUUUCGUAAAUUCGCUGAAAAAUGGCGGUCGGGCUCCGACGGAAAGGCACUACAAUGGUCGUAUGAUCAGUUUCAGUGGGACUGGCGAAGCUGUCACGCAAAACGGCUGAAAGACUCGCCGACGUACAAGUUUUUGAAGAAACUCAAUCCGUCGAGAACAAAGUUGCCAACCAUGUUAGCUGCCCGACCAGCAGACUUUCUCGUUGCUCGGCCGUCCAAAAUCGCGGACGACUUGUGUUAGCUUCUUCGGAAAGUGCGUGCCCGUGUGUGUGGUGUGGACAUGGUGAAAACGAUGUCGAGAGACAUGGAGGUGCUCACGUGCUGUCUGGAGGCCAUACUCCAGGCUUGUGAGCUGCCGGACACGAAAACGCAAGACUUAGUUAGAAAAUCGCACUUGGCUACUUACUGAUUUGAUUACAGCUGUAAUUGGCACUUCCAUCACACCAGAAAAUCGCUACUUGGCGUCCUUGUAUAUACUUUUGCUGUAUGAUUUACCUAUACUUAGAAUCAAAUUUGAGAAUGCUUUCUUGCGUUGCAUAAGCCUUAAACGUCAUUGAUCUUUUUACAGAACAGUGCACGACUCGUGCUUGGCUUGUCUGCACGAAGAUGAUGAAGAACUUCGUCAACUUUUUCACAGAUACUUACAAUGAAUAAGUCUACCUGUAAAAUGAAUGGGCGCACAAAAAUAUGUAAGUGAACAUAAGGAUUAUUGUUAUCCGGUGUACGAGCACCCAAUGGACCAACAUCAAUGCGCAGGAUCUGAAAAAAAAUGCUUCGCCGGCUGUCUAAUGAAUGGCUCAUCGCUUUCAUCUUUAUCUCUUCUAAGUGUAAUUGUCGACCCUGAAUGUACUAGUACGCGAGCACGCCUUGCGUCUUGCUCUUGCGUAUACGGGGAUAUCAACUUCCAUUUCCGCCACUCUCGGUUCAGUAGUAAGAUUGAUGUGUCUGAAAAUGUACAUAGUGCAGGCUGUCUACAAAUCGUGUCCAUAGCGGUCUUGUUCACCAGUUGACGAGAAUUGACCGAAUGAACAUUGUUCCAGAAACGAAAGCUCCACUCUGGUAAAUACCAAUCCGAAUUCAAUCAAAUAUGGAUAUCAAGAUGAGAUCUGGAAUUACAGACACAGAGGAUCUUAAAAUGUGAAAGCACUUCCGUGCCGUGGUCUCGUUGUAAAUGAAAAUUGUAUAAAUUAUUGAUUGCCCAUGUCAUUGAGCUUUUUGCCUUCCCUGUGCCAUCCUCGAUGGCGCUUUGUAUAAAAUGAAUCGAGUUGGGCAGCUAUACCACCGCCAAACGCCGAAGAUCACAAAAAUACUUGCAAUUGGCACAGCUCUUCCGAGGCUUAGUUGGCUGAUUUUUUCAUUAAGCGUGAGUACAAGUAGCGCAACAGAGGCUUCAGUCAGUAUCUAUUUCUUUCCGUCUCUUUUCGAAAACCGGGCACCGGCUUUGUCGUGUUUACACAACUGUAGCUGAAGAGUUUACAAAACGUCCAGUAGAGUACCUCUACUAGCGAUAUUCGCUUUAUUGCUUGAUAACGGAUUCAAUUUCGAUCUGGAUCGUAACGAUAAGUGGACAUAGAUUUCCAGCUUUUUAUACGUACUCAAGAAGAAGAAGAAGCGGUGCAAUUGCAUCAUUGUGGAGCAGAAAAUGAACGCCUCUCUGUCUGCGCCGGGGAGGAUGUUGUGGCGUUGCUGCCUUGGCAUCUGUUGCAUUUGGGUUAGCAGAUUAUCUUCGACGACGAAUGUUCUUCGAUUCGUUUCUGCUGCAGCCUCAGGCCCCCGUUCGCCGGUGGUGCUCGGUGGCGACAAGAAAGCGAAGCCGUGGAGAGAGGUUGUGAAGCAGAAGUUCCGGUGCGGUUGCACAGGUUGCAAGGCGAUCAAUUCAGUCUUUGCGGCCAUGGUCGCAGAUGUCAGGGCAAAGCUCAGUAGCAGGUCGCGGGCUGAGGCUGAAGAAGUGAUAGACGAUUUGUGGGAUGUUCUUGGAGAUCAAUUGGGCCAGCUGCGGCUCGAUAUGAUGCAAGGAGGGCUAGCCUAUUGGGACGUCCUUGACAUAGAUCCAACUGGACCUGUAAAAAAACACCUGCUGCGCGGCGCUAUAUCUCAUGAUGGUGCCGGACGGAACCCCAAGUGGAAGGAGGCACUGUCGGUAUGCCACACGCUCAUAUUCAAGUUUGGAGAACGGCCGAGACCCCCUGUUGAAAGCCAGCAAAUGAUUCUCCUUGGCGUGUGUCUCGGUAUUUCAGUAAGUAAUUUUUUCUUGUUGUCGAAUAUGUGGAGGUUGCAAACCAAAAAGAUUUUUCGAUGGCGAGAUUUGAGCAAGCAGAGACUAGGAAGGUCAUACAGGCAGUUGUGUUUCGUCCAGCGAAUUCCAAAGAUAGCGAAGAUGCUUCAUGGGUUGUGUGAGAAGUUGGGUCAGAUGGGAUUGCACAUCACAAUGUUGGACAGUGUGGGCGUCAGGCGACAAAAAAUUCUUCCUUAUCUUCUACAUAACAGAGAAAGCAUUGGAUCCGAGAGACAGCGCGGGGACGGGCUUCGAGCGUUGGCAACAGAACUAUUUCUCGACUUCACCGAGUGCUGCCUCACCCAGAGAGAAGCGGGAACACCGGUGCCGUUUAUUGUAUUUGAUGUAUUUGGCGCGCGACGGAUCUGACGAGGAGGCUGCCGAUGGUCCUCGGGUGCGGCUUAGCCAGCAGGGGAAGAAACUUCUGACUUCCAAGUUCUUUGACAAGCACUUGCCUUUUGCAAAGACGCGCUGCGCAGCAGAACAAGAGGCGAUAACAGGAAGUAUUGCUCGCGACAUUUGUUUACAGUUCUGGCUCGUUGUGGCCAAAAAGUUCUUUUCUCUUUCUAUUUAUUUUGAUCGAAAUGAGAUGCUACGACAUCCACGUGUGUCACAGUUGCUGGUGCUUGAAUCAUCGAAAAAAGCUUCUUUUUCGUAUGAUUUUACUCUGCCAAAAUACUGAUCCUAAAUGCUGACUUUUCAGGAGGAGGAUCGCGAGGAUCGCGAGGAGGUGCAGCUCCGGUUCAGUUGCCAAGUACCGUUUAUGUUGAGCUCGGAGUCACAACUCAGCCGGCGAAUCCGCAGCUUGCGAAGUACGUCCGACUGGCGACUGAAUUUCCGCUGCAUCCUGAUAUAGAGCUUCGCUCUAUUUUUGCCCCAGUUCGAGCAGCGUAUCAAGCUUACGUGGAGGAGCGGCGCAGGAUGCGACAGAGAGGGCGCCGGCCCCCGAAAGGAUAUUUGCGGGGAGUUCGCUUGCGGCUCUUUUCUCGCGACUCAGCUGGGAGCGUGACUCGAGUCGGGAUGCAAGAUCUGCUUUUUGCCAGAGCGGGGAGGCACACGGAUGGACACGGCAAAAAGGAAGCGCCGCCGUCAAUCGACACUGUCCUGAGAGGUGGUGACCUCCUCAAUGAAGUUCGUGAAAGGGCGAACGGGGAAUUCGGUCCUUUGUCGAUCUCCGGGUCCGCCACACGCCAGUCCACUCCGAGCAACGGCUUGUUUUUCCGUCUCGAACUACUUCUAGAAGGAAGGCAGGGGCCGUUUUCUGCAACGGAAGGUACUUCGUUUGGUUCGAGAUGCGGCGUUGAAAGAGAUGAUGACCUCCAGUCGCCGGUGCAAGAUCACCACUUUCCUCGGCACGUCACUUCUUGAUUACUUAACAUUGAUUUGCUUCUGAACUUGACAAGCCGUAAUAUUUGUGCAUAUUGUAGUUGGAAACCAAUCUCAAUACCACACAGGCGGACCAGGCUAUCUCGGGGACGACGAUGAUGACGAUGACCCCAGUGACGACGAUGACGACGAUGGAAACGGCGGCCCAGGACCGUCGAGAGCCUCACUUUCGCUCCAACAACCACAGGCCAGGACGGCUGCCGGUGUUGCCCUUGUUCCGCGUGGCGGAAAUCCUGUGCAAGGAAAUCGGAAUCAAUCGGCGGAGCAUGGUGCCGAACCAGUAGCAACGAUGAACUUCCUUGGAUUGAGCAUGCUCCGCGGGGGCAAAAUUGCUUCCACUGAAGCUAGUCAUGGUGGUGGCAACGCUGAGCACGGAGACAAGCAGCAGGCGGCUUCUUGGUGGAACGAGACCACAUUUGCCAACGAUGCCGCCAGGGCUCACUUCGCUGCCGCCAUAGAAAACGAAGUUCAGAAAGCCGUCACGAGUGAGGGGCUCAUGCGCUCGCGCGCGGUUCUUUUGGUGGAGCAGCUAAAUUGGUCGCGGCCGAAGCCAGCGCUUCUCGGACUCUCAGAAAUGUUCGGGCAACGGGGGAGAGAAUCCGUUGAGGAGAAACGAGAUGUAGUUAUUUCUUUCUACUUAUAUUAUUGACUAUGGCUACUAUGUAGAUGUACUCACACUCAGUAAGUAUGAGUGCCCAUCGAAGUCGGAAUGCAAGUAUUUUUCGCACAUAGAUCUCGCGUCGUGCGACUUUUCGGGAUCAUUUGCACUUGGAGGACUAAAAACACUUCUUAUCUUUGAAGCUGGUGCACGAGCAGUCGCGUUUUUGUGCCGUUGAUCUUGUUUCUUGUAGUCCUACAUAUGCCUGAGUUUGAAACCAGUCAGGCCUUGCAAAGAGCUGUUUGGCGACAGCAUCAUCUGCCUCUGCCCCUCCCCCUUCGGUGCAACGUGGACAUCUAAAAUCAAAUCAAAUCAAAAAACAGGCUCUCCUUGUCGCACAAGGCCGUCAAAGAAAAGGUGACGCAGGCGUAAUGCUUGCCGUGGCAUCGUGGAGUGUCCCACUCGGCGCGUCCGCGGUAUCCGACGGGGCCUUAUUCGUCGUAGGACACAUGCUGCAGCACCUCGCGGACGUGGCGCGCACCUAUAGUAACUGGGAAGCGUCCAAAUUCGCCCUGAGGCACAUGACGACCCCGCUGGAAUCCGCUAUAAAUUGGGAGCGAGGUGCAGCGCCGGCCGAGGGGCCCGAAGAGGGAGUCGACGGCCUCUGGGAUAAUGCGCGCAACGUGCUCAUGCGGUUUGAGCGUAUGGAAGGGCCUAAGGACGUGCGGCCGGGCGACGCCUUCAGCAGCUUCUCGAAGAAAGUGGAACGCAGGGAACGUGUUGUGAACCUGCUGACCCUUAAACCACGGCUCCUUGCAGGAAUCAGCCUCAGUAGGGAAGACGAACAACGGGUGCUGGGCAUGGAACUCAGCGGCAAGACCAUCCUGACCUUCCAUGAAGACAAAGAAAACGUUAUUUCGCUUGUAGACGUCGGCUCCCAGGUCCGUUCCCUCAGUAGCCACGGACGAAGUCUGCGUGUGUCGAAAUCUCGCGAAGAACAUGGAACCACCCGGGCCCGCCGUCGAGCGUCUUCUACGGGACGAGCGGAGUGUCGUACUGCCCCUGCGCAAGCCGAGCCGCUUGAACUCGUGCUUGCAAUUGAGGGCGGGGAAAGCCCGAGUGGACAGCCGACGCCUGUGCGCGCUGCGCUCACACGAUUUUUGCAACUAGGCGUUGCGCAACGGUGGUGGCAAAUUGUGAAUGCGAGUGCUGCCUUGCACUUGUCAGCCUUCGCAGAGUGCGUGAGGCGUUCGGUGGCACUCCGGGUGUUUGCGUUCGUCGUCUUUACCGGGGUCCUGCAGCAUGUUCUUUACGAACAGCGCAUGCCGCGCGUGCUUGUCUGCCCCACGAACGGCUCCGAAUGCUGUUCUGUACGAACGCGGGAGGGCAUGGUUCUCGCUGACGGCUACCAACAAAACUCGACUGCAGCGCCCUAUUCUACUCCAGCUUGCAAUGCCGACGAGGUUUUGGUCCUUCCUAACUUUCACACCGAAGAGAAAAGGCUGACAGGAGUAAUUGCAGCGCAGAAAGAGCUGCUCCAGGCCGCAGGCCGCAAGACCGAAACCGCGACGCGAAAGGCCGAGGCAGCGGAGAUGAGGCAAGAACAAGCAGAGGCCGAUGCCGAAGCCGCUGAGCGCAGUCGAAACAAGCUGCAGAAGGAAGGAGCUGCCCAAGCAGAAAGAAACAAAGCCGAAGCAGAAUCCGCUGAGCGCAAUCUGAAGAAGCUCCUGAAAGAAGGGGCUGCCCAAGCAGAACGAAACGAAGCUGACGCAGAAUUCCACGAACAAGAAGUGGCCGAGUGGAGGCGCACGUUUACGACCGUCUGCUCGUUACGAGAUCCGAACAACUGCUGCGCCGUGCCGAGAGCUGAGCUGGAAAAUUCGCGGGACGUAACGCUCGCUGAGAACUACGAAGAGCGGCCCACGCAAUCCUCCCUGGGCAUACAGAUGUGCCGUGAUGGGCGUAUCUUCGACCCUCCAACCCCGAAUUUGGUGGAGAAGCAUCAAUACCUGAUCGACAGCCUCCGCGCCAACACGCAGCGUCGCGACAAGGUUGCGCGAGAAACGCGGGAGGCGGAGGCAGCCGCAGCGAAGGCGUGGAAGUCGGCAGCCGCCGGGCAACAGGAGGCUGACAAGAUCAAAGCCGAUCUUGCGGCGAACAAGAAGUCGUGGAGCCAUCUGCACCCACAGAUGAGUGGCACUUACGACGGUGUGGUGCCAGUGAUGAAUGCGGCGGCGCCUUGCGCCGGUGUCGGGAAGGACGGGGAGCACUUCCGUCACGAGCAAGGAGAGUUUUGCACUGGCCCCGGUGGUGCGAACGCCCGUCGUCUCGCACUGUGUCCUGAUCCCGGCAACGGCAACCAGGCCUGCGUUUUGAAACUCGACUGCGACAAGGCGAACCGGGACGACAUUUGUUGGGCCGGGAACUGGACGUUCGAUCCGGAGCUGUCCCGUGGCUGCACGGAAAUGAGCGACGCCGAUCUCUUCCGCAUGUUUGGGGAAUUCGAAGCCAUGCAGGGAAACACGCCCACAGCCUGCGAGCACGGCUGGCCGGCCCGGCAGCUCGAUGGAAACAGCAACCCGAUUUCGCAUAGCGUCGGGCUACUUCAAUUUUUCCCCGCCAACACGGCACAGGCACGCGCCUUCAGACGCGGCGUGCAAAAAGUGGCUUCCGACGUGUGGAAGCAGGUGUCGGCGACGAUGGGAACCCUCAAGGCGGCCUGGAGCACCGACGCUCCGGCAGGCAGUGAGGGGGGGCAGGAUGGCGAUUCGUCGGUCUGCGCGCAUCCGGGCAGUAAGGUGUCUUCUGCGGUCGGAAAACCGUAUUUCAAACUGCACUCACGCACCGGAGAUGGGGCCUGUAAGGUGAAGAAGCAUCACGGGAAAACGAAGACUGCCAAACGAAGUGGGAAAAAGCAGAAGAAGGAACAGCAGGGUGGCAGGUGAUCGAGUUGGACUACGUCGUGACUCCAAGGAAGUUCAGAAUCAAAGUAAUAUUUGCCAGUCGUUAUCGUGUGCGAGCGACAAACUGGCGACGUCGAAAUUGAAAGCACACUGUGGACGACGGAAAUUGUGACUCAGAUGCGUAAGACCGAGUGGUUUAUACUCAGUAGACAGUAGGUCCUUAGGUUGGGACAUAGUGUAUUCGGGUGAAGCACUGGUCAGUCGUAGUUUUCCCGUAGUAUGAUUUAGUUUUUGAUUCGCCCACUAUUCCCACAGAUACAGACUGAGACUUUUUUUACAACUUCUUCGUUGGAGGAAGUAGAAUGCCAGCUGCAACAGAACACGUACCUUGGGAGAGCCGUCACGAGUAUACUAGCAGAAGGCUUUGGUGAUGAAAUGUAAAACAGCAAGUCCUAGAUUACUAAAACAGUCAUACUAAGUACAUUUAAGUGAGUUUACGAAGCAAGAAAAAAACCGGAACCAGUUCUGCGCCAGCCUUUGUGAUGCUGUGCAGCAAGAUCUGGGACCAGAAGUCUAUUUAGAGACCGCAAGAACCUUAUAUCUUUUUGGGGUAGCACCAGUAUUGCAUUGCGACGCGAGUUUUAGACACCCACUAACAACCGCAUCAAGUGCGAAUUUGCGAACAUCGAGUUUUGGAAGUUUUCGAAACUACCUGUAUGAUCAAGAACAACUUUCCACAUAUAGACGUUUUGUAAGAUUGCGUUGCCAUAGUUGGACGGGAUGAGCCACGUGGUGAUGAAGUCAUAAGUUUUUAUCUUUUUGGAAAAGUAAAAGUUGAGUAAGAGUAUGGAUUGGAGAAAGAUGCAAGCAUGAUGAGUAAGUACUACAGCACGUCGCGGCCAGGGCCGAGUAAACUAACAAUAACGUCGUGAAAAAAAAGUGUCUCGCCACUGAGUUUAAGUUUGGUACACCAACUAGCAUCUGUGUUUCUGGAUCUGAAAGGAAAUGCUAACGUAGACGACCAAUAGGUCAAACAAGGUUUGUAUGAUAUCAAGAAAAACGGACAUACAAGAGCACGGGUCGCCAUGGCGGCAAAACCAAACGAAGUACUUACAUCGAAGAAAAGAAAAAUCGCUGGCCGAACAGGUGCGUUGUUCCAGGUUCGACUUCGAUUGGAAAUUCGAGAAAUGUUUUCCCUUUGUGUUGAGCCCUGCAUCCGUGCAUUGUCGGAAGUGGAAGUAACCCAAGUCAGUGAAGCUUCUUUCGUUCUCGUUUUCGUCCGGCAGCACCGUGCUACGGCCAGAAGAAGUCUUGAUCCGGAGCGAAAAGCUGAUCCGUGACUGAGGGAGAAGGAUAGAUCUCUUUAUAACGGAUCAGGAUGUGAGUCAUACUCUGAUACUACAGAUCCCGACUCAUGCAAACAAGUACAUCCUCGGAGCAUGGGGUUUAAGGAGAUGAGUAAAUGCAUGAUUGGACGUAGAAGCGAACAACUCUAUCGCAGUUUGACACACUGUGGUAUCCGGCUAUAGCAUUACUUGGACCCUGGACCUGUUUACACCCAAAUACAGUCCAAGGGGAGCGAUAGACCCAAGCUCUUCUAUAUGGCAACGGAGAAAGAUGGAAAUGCAAGAAAAGC